UUAAACGUCAAAAAGUGAUGAAAUUUUUGUUGAUUUGAUUUUGAGUUUUUAAAUGUGAUUAUAAUUAUGGACUCAAUGAAGAUAUGGACCAAUUGGGUGACCACUAAGUCAAUCGACUCGUCCGUAUUUGUCAGAUAUAUCGGCGCUGAUGGCGGCGCCGCCGGUGGCCGGCAAGACAGCGGUUCCAGCGGUGACUCAACCGACGAAGACACCGCUGAAGAGGACGUGGAGUCCCUAUUGGAGAGCUGCGAGAAUUGUGUCCAACUGUCGGCGCCGACGACGACAAGCGAUACGACGGCGCGGAUUGAGUGCAAACUUUUCGUCCAAACUCUCGAUGACGGCGGCGCCGAUGGCGCCGAAGACGUUGUCACUCGAGUUGAUUCCUAUUCGCUGUUGUGUUCGGCGAAAGUGUUAGAAAUUCACGGCAACGACACUCAAGAGUACAUCCAAACCGUGUUCAACGAAUUGGUGGACGAGUGCGACGGCCUAUCGAUGUAUAGAAGCGACUAUCACUUCAAGGAACCGCUUAAAGAGUUUACCAUUACGUUUAAGAGCUUUAAUGAGCUAUGGAUUUACGGAUUGGUUGUGAGAUUAAUUAGAGUCAAACAGUCAUCGGUGGUUAAGCCAUCGGGCGAUCACUCGGGCAUUGGCUCACUGUUUGGCAUGUUAUCUAUGUUUGGCAAAGCGUCCAACGCUUCCAGCGCUUUGAGUCCUGAACUGAUGGCCAGAUUAGCGGCGCUCAAGACAACCGGUGAUAGUGUUGUGCAGAAAGACACGGCGAGUAGUGAUUCCAAGUGUCGGCCAUCAGCACAAUUGAUUGCCAUCAAAAUGGCACUCAUUUGCGGCGAUAUAUCGACGAAAAGUUUACACAAUUAG